CCUCCCGGCGGCGGCAGGAUGUGCCAUGAGGAGCUGGCGUCCCUGCAGCGGCCCCACUAUGGCUCUAUUGUGGAUGAUGAAAGGCUUUCAGCAGAAGAAAUGGAUGAAAGGAGGCGUCAGAACAUUGCUUAUGAGUAUCUGUGCCACUUAGAAGAAGCAAAAAGGUGGAUGGAGGUCUGUCUGGAAGAAGAGCUGCCCCCAACUACAGAGCUGGAGGAAGGCUUAAGAAAUGGUGUUUACCUUGCCAAGCUCGCAAAAUUCUUUGCCCCUAACGUGGUGUCAGACAAAAAGAUCUACGAUGUGGAGCAGGCACGCUAUAAGGUAAUAGCUUUUUAAAUUCUCCCACUGA